UAUAACUAUACUGCUAUUAAUUUAAGUGGCGAGGGUAGUUCGGGACCUGUAAAAUUAAAUGGAUGAAAGACACACGGGACGCCGAGUGAUGCCUUCUCUGUACUUUAUUACUGGCUGGACUUGCCCUGGAACUGCAAGAUAAAUAUUGCCUGUUUCCUUUUCUUCCUUCUCUGUUUCUCUCUUUCCCUCUCUCACUCACAAGAUCUUCCUUGCUUUCAAGACCAAAUCUGAAAGUUGUACUGAUCGUCUUUAUUUAUAUGUAGCUGCUUCCUUGUCCUUUUCACUGGAUCUCUCGUAUCUCUCCUCCCCGGCUCCCGCUUUCUGCCUCUGCUCUGUUUUGCUUUUAUUUAAUUUCCAUUGCUCUUUCAAUUUUGUCCUGCCCUGCUAGGGUUCUCUUCCAUUUCGGUUGCUUCCUUGGCAAGAUCUUAUCCCAACCCUGCUUAGGAACUAAGCUGAGAGGAAAAAAAUUCUGGGAUAAAGGCGGUCAAUCUUUUCCGUUGUGAUUCCCCCGGCUUUUGAUAUCGGCUCGACUUCGCCUGCUUGCCCCAAGCUAUAUAGUAGCAGGACGUAACGGAGUGAGGCUAGGGGAGCAUUUAAUGGAUUCCAAUUCCUUUCUCAAUUAUCAACACCAACGUCAGCCCAAUUCUGGGUUGCUUCGUUAUCGCUCUGCCCCGACUUCGGUUCUUGCAAAUUUCACUCAAUCCAUUGGUUCUGAUCUCAGUAAGGGCAAUAAUCUGUGGGAGACUCCUGAAUCUGAGAAAUUAAUCUCUAGAUUCGUAAAUAACGACGACCUGGAUUCGUCUACUUUCCAGGAAUUCGAAGCCAAGGCCCCUAAAGCACCCACCGAGGCAGCGCUUAACCAUAUGAACUCCUAUAAUGGUUUGCCUCCUCACUACCCAAGGCAGAAUUCCUCGGCCAGUUCUGCCAUGGAUAGUUCGUAUGGACUGGUGGAACCAUUGGGAAUGGAUCAUCAAGCGCAGCCGAAGAGCUUCACGCCGAAUCUUCUCAGGCAAAGCAGCUCCCCUGCCGGGCUUUUCUCCAACACUUCCUUUCCAAAUGGAUAUUCCACCGUUAAUGGUGUUGGAAGCUAUGGUGGGGCUAAUGGCAGUAACGGUGAGGGGAGCCCAUCCAUGAGCAGAUUGAAGAAUCAGUUUGGCUUCUUAUCAAGAAGGAAUUCUUCUUUAGGAGUGUUGUCACAGAUAUCUGAGAUAGAGGGUGAGAGCAUUGAAGCAACCAACCCUGACAAUGGGGGCUUGGGAUCUGUGAAUGGUUAUGGCCCUGGGUUUCCGUACAGUUCCUGGAAUGAUGCGUCCCAUCUCGGGGGCUUGAAAAGGGAGCCAAGUAACAGCGAAAAAUUAUUUUCUAAUGCUCAGAAUGGACCGCUAGGAAAUCGGGUUCACAUGUUAUCUCAUCACUUGAGUUUGCCAAAACCUUCAGCAGAUAUGGGUGCCAUGGAGAAGUUUCUUCAAUUGCCAGAUGCCGUUCCUUGUAAAAUCAGAGCAAAGCGAGGAUGUGCUACCCAUCCUCGAAGUAUUGCAGAAAGGGUAAGAAGAACUCGGAUCAGUGAACGAAUGAGAAAACUUCAAGAGCUGGUCCCAAACAUGGACAAGCAAACAAACACAGCAGACAUGUUGGACCUGGCUGUUGAGUACAUUAAAGAUCUCCAGAAACAAUUCAAGACUCUCAGUGAGAAAAAGGCAAACUGCAAAUGUAUGAGCACGCAGAAUGCAGAUUCAAAUCAUGUCGUUUGAGUUGCUGCUGGGUCAACGAGGGAUAAAGAUAGAGUCGUGGGUUAUAUCUUGCUCACAGAAAAUUAAGUAGGAAAUUGAUGCAUGAGAUACUUUUUAAUAUCUUUAUUGCACGCGAUGCGGAGUUCGCUGCCCUUCGCCACAAUAUUUAGGUUCUUUCAAGCUAACAUGGGCUUUCAAUUACAGAGUCAAUAAAGGAAAUAGUUAAUAUUUGUAAUUUUGUAUAGCAGAAUUGUAAUAAUGUAUUUCAUUCGAUAUUUAUUAUCUCAAAAAAAGAGUAAUUUACAAUCCUUUUUUUUGUCAAGAAAAUAUAUCUUUCGAAUAAAAAUAGACCCGUUUCUUC